CUCCUCUUGCAGGAAGGAAGAUGUCUCUAUGUGAUCCUGCUGAUGGCCCUGUAUUGGUGCACGGAGGCACUGCCCUUGGCUGUGACAGCUCUGCUGCCCAUCGUCCUCUUUUCCCUCCUGGGGAUCCUCCCAUCUAACAAAGUUUGCCCACAGUAUUUUUUAGACACCAAUUUCCUCUUCCUCAGUGGUUUAAUCAUGGCCUCGGCCAUUGAGGAGUGGAAUUUACACCGCAGGAUCGCGCUCCGGGUCCUCAUGCUGGUGGGAGUCCAGCCAGCCAGACUAAUUUUAGGGAUGAUGCUGACAACGUCUUUCCUGUCCAUGUGGUUAAGUAAUACUGCCUCCACUGCUAUGAUGCUUCCAAUUGCAAAUGCAAUUUUAAAAAGCCUCUUUGGGGAGAAAGACACCUCUAAGGAUAUAAACAGGGAGAAUGAAGAAAACCAAGCAUCUUUACAGCAGAAUAAACUUUACACUGUACCAACUGAGAUGCAGUUUCUGGCAAGUACUGAGGACAAAGAUCUGACGGAGGAGAAGGAGGUUGCCAGCGAUGCUCUCUCAGACUUAAAGAAGGAGGAGGAAUACAAAACAAAUAUAUGGAAAGGUUUCCUCAUCUCAAUCCCCUAUGCGGCGAGCAUUGGAGGUACUGCAACGCUGACGGGAACCGCACCAAACCUCAUCCUUCUGGGACAGCUGAAGAGUUAUUUUCCAGAAUGUGAUGUGGUGAACUUUGGUUCUUGGUUUAUGUUUGCAUUUCCUUUAAUGCUGAUUUUUCUUCUCCUGGGAUGGCUGUGGAUCUCCAUCCUGUAUGGAGGAAUUAACCUAAGGGGCUGGCGAACAAAAAAGUCAAAUAUAAGAGUGGAUGCAGAAGCCCGAGCCAGAGAAGUGAUAAAGGAGGAUUAUCAGAAACUGGGUCCAACAAAGUUUGCAGAACAGGCGAUUUUCUUCUUCUUCUGCAUGUUUGCAAUCAUGCUGUUCUCCAGGGAUCCCAAAUUCAUUCCAGGUUGGGCAAGCUUGUUUGCACCAGGGUUUAUCUCGGAUGCAGUUACGGGAAUCACCAUCGUGAUUAUACUGUUCUUCUUCCCUUCACAAAAACCUUCCUUCAAGUGGUGGUUUGACUUGAAAGCCCCAAACACUGAGACACAGCCCUUGCUGACUUGGAGGAAAGCCCAAGAGACUGUGCCCUGGAACAUCAUCUUACUGCUUGGAGGAGGCUUUGCCAUGGCAAAGGGCUGUGAGGAGUCUGGUUUGUCUGUCUGGAUAGGAGGCCGUCUGCAUCCCUUGGAGGGUGUGCCGCCACCCGUGGCUGUCAUCCUCAUCACCAUCGUCAUCGCCUUGUUCACGGAGUUUGCCAGCAACACAGCCACUAUCAUCAUCUUUCUGCCGGUCUUGGCAGAGCUGGCCAUUCGUCUGAAAGUAAAUCCCCUCUAUUUAAUGAUACCAGGAACUAUAGGAUGCUCCUAUGCAUUCAUGCUGCCAGUGUCAACACCUCCUAACUCAAUUGCCUUUUCUUCUGGACACUUGAUGGUCAAGGAUAUGGCAAGAACUGGGUUGCUCAUGAAUCUUAUGGGAGUUCUGCUUCUUAGCUUGGCUAUGAACACAUGGGCCAAGAGCAUCUUCCAGCUGGGGACCUUCCCUGCAUGGGCCAACAUCCAUGCAGAAAAUGCCACCUCACUCUUGCCAGCUGUAGAAAAUGUCACUUUAAGUGCACUAAAUAAAAUAUGAACAAAGCCA